AUGUUUGGACUUUGGGUGGGCGAAUGUCUUUCUACUUUGGCAGCAAAUGACCUUGCCACAUACUUCCGUAUUCUGAAGGAUCUUCGGGGGCCGAUAGAAACAUUAGCCCAAAGCAAGAUGGAUUUCUUUCCAGGCCUCUCUAUGCUUGUGAACUUUCCCAAAGUGCGUACACCACAAAGGGAUGUAACUCUUGCUCGUGAGAAACUCCGCAACAUGAUGAAUGAACCGACAAAUAUCAGUCGUCCAGUACUCUUUCGAGCUCGGGAAGGUCUUCUAGGCAAAGGCACCAAGAAUGUGCGAAAAGGCGAUGAGGUGUGGCUCAUCGCUGGAAUGCCGACCCCAGUUGUGUUGCGAAAGACAGAGCGUGAGGAUUGUUUCACGAGAACUGAUAUUGUCUAUGUUCACGGGAUCAUGCACGGAGAAUUUGUUGACCAGAAAGGAUCGUAUACAGAAGAGAUUGAGCUCAUCUAG